CGUAAUUCGAGAAUUCUAGUGAAGCUUUUUCAAAAUGCAUCAUCGGCUUUUUCCAGUUCGUCCUCCUCUGUUAUUGCUGAUGUGAGUCCUCCUCAAGAUCUUCGAAAAGGGAAGACUUUUACAGUCUCUUAUCUCGUUGAUUCAUUGGGUUUAACCACAAUACUCGCAGAAUCGAUCUCAACGAAAAUCAGCUCCGAGGGAAUGUGUAAUAAUCCUGAUUCCGUUCUGGGCUUUGAUGAGGGAGAUGUAUGGGAGAUGUUCAAGAAGUGUCCCUUCUCUCUGACACUCUCUGAGGAGAAGAUAACUCAGUCUUUCGAAACCUUCAAGAUGUUUGGACUGCUCGAAGACGAGAUCUGCUCUGUCUUCAAACGCUUUCCUCCGUGCAUUGGAUCAUCUGCAGAGACUGUGAAGAAGAAAACUGAGUUUCUGGUUAAGGAGAUGAAUUGGCCAAUAAAGGCCGUGAUUGUGUUCCCUCAUGUAUUUGGAUACAGCUUUGAGAAGAGGAUUGUACCGAGGUGUAAUGUAAUCAAGGCUCUCAUGUCUAAAAGAUUGCUCGGAAGUGAACUUCCUCCAAUGUCGUCUGUUUUGUCGUGUACUGAUCAGAUGUUCUUAAAAAGGAAUUUCAAGCCUUUGAUGUUUACUUUAUAA